AUGCACUCUGUCGUUAGUCCGUUGAUUGUGCAGUCGUGCUGUGGUUGUACCGAGCGAGACCGGAAAUCUGAUCAUAGUGCAACAAGAAAAUCCCAGAGAGAAGAAUUCACAAGCAGUAGCCCAAGAGGUGGAUGAAAUGGCGGAAUGGGAGAAUCCUGCUUCAUUGGUAUCCACAGCAGCCAAAGAGAACUCAGUAAACAGUUGUGAGAAACUGGACUGCUUCAUGGUCCUGCAUCCCGCAGAGGAGAUUACCAUCGGCUCCAUCUGUUUCCUGGCAGGUCCGAUCACUCUGCUGGAGAACGCUCUGGUGCUGGGAGUGAUCGCCACCACAGCCUCUCUACGCCAGCGACCCUCCUAUCUCUUCAUUGGCAGCCUCGCUCUGGCUGAUGUCUUCGCCAGCUGCUUCUUCACCUCCAGCUUUUUGGACUUCCACCUCUUUCACCAAAGCGAUGGCCCCACUGCCUACCUCUUCAAGCUAGGUGGUGUCACCAUGGCCUUUACCAGCUCUGUGGGAAGUUUACUACUGACUGCCAUGGACCGCUACCUUUGCAUUCACCGGGCCUCCGACUACAAGGUGCUGCUGACCCGGCGGCGAGCCCUGCUGAGCAUGCUAAUCCUCUGGAGCACCACCAUCUUGAUCUCCUUCUUGCCCCUGAUGGGCUGGAGGUGUCCCACCGGCCUCACUCCACCCUGCUCACGUCUCUUCCCCUACAUCAACCAGGGGUAUCUGGCCUGCUGGACCAGCUUCAUCUUGGUGCUUCUGGCUCUUAUUUUGGGGGCUUACGCUCUCAUCCUGUUAAAGGCCCACCGCCAUGAAUCCUCCAUGAACAGCAUACAUGGGCCAUCAGGUACAGGCCACAACCGCAUGAGGAUGGAUAUCCGGCUGGCUCGUACCUUUGGUCUGAUCCUGCUGAUACUCGUGGGCUGCUGGCUUCCGGCACUGUCCUUCAUGCUAGCAGACACCUCUGUGAUCCUGACCCGUUCCGAGCAGAGGGCCUUUGCCUUCUGCAGCACCCUCUGCCUGGUGAACUCUGCAGUCAACCCACUGCUGUACGCCCUGCGUUGCAGAGAGCUGAGAGUCGCUAUGCUGCAGCUUGUACAGAGGCUUCGUGUGAUCGGGAGGUGUAAAACGACCACAGAGGAUUUAACCCCAGGACUGCCCUCUGCAGAUGACAACUUUACUGCCAUCACCGAGGACGAGAUGCCCCAGCUCGGAACCACACGAACCAGCUCCAUCUCAGGGUUCGUCAACGACAAUCCGCAGCCGGACGUCGGGAAAUGAAGGAGGUGAAUCGAAGGUGAAGCUAAACACAGAUGGAAAAUAUCUAUGGAGAUGUACAUGUAGUGAAAAUUGUGAUUCAAAAUAAACUUUACUGUAGAUUAAGAGUAAAAUCUACAUUAAACCAUUUUGCAGGAUUCAUUAUCAUAUAUAUUUAAACCGGCAGUGAUUGAAUAAGACUAGUGGGGUCAAAAUGAUUUAACAUUAACUUCUAAAUUAGUUUGUGGAUAAAAGUGAUGCGGAACAUGUGACAUAUUGUGUUAUUACAUGCAAUUACAACAGCAACAAAACUGAGCUUGUAAGGAAUACGUUUGUAGCCAUAUCUUUUUACUUAAAUCAAUUAUUUUUUGUUUUAGCUAUUACUCUUUUUGCAAUUUCCACUAAGGAUGAUUAGUAUGGUAUGAUUUUAGUUUAUAUUACCCUAUUUGCAAAUAGGAUACAUGUAGUUAUAAUAAGUAUAAUGACUGAAAGGAAUUAAAACCUGUAAUAUAUAUAUAUAUAGUGGAGAUAGAUUUGUAUAGGUCAAGCAAAAAGGUUUUGUGUGUUGAGCUUUUUUCAGCGUGAUGAUGCAAUGUGACCAUCUAACCUAUAACCUUUGACCUCUCUGUCAUCGCUUUAAAGCUCCCAAUAGUUUCCUGUGAACUGAACUUUUGUGUGAAGGAUUUGCCGUUCGUAUAUGUGUAUGUCCGAGUGUGUUUGUCCCUGAGCUUGCGAGCACAGAGGAGCCUCAGGGUUGCAUAUAUCCUAUCUGCACAUGAAUGCCAGGACUCCACAAAAGCCCCCAUGCAGGGAAGGAUUUCACACAAUGUUCACCACAUGAAUCCAAGCCGUGUGCCGAGGUAAAUGAGGCACCGGCCGGGAAGAGAGAACAAGCACUGAAGCACUAGAACACUCUUUGCAACAGAGACUGUCGGCAGCUGCAGUAAAGCACAAACUGACAUGGACACUCAAAGCCACAUGUGGGGUAAUAAA